AUGGUGCUGUAUUUGCAGAAGGGCAGCAUUCGCUAUGAAUGGUCGUGCCUGUCUCUUGAAUGCACACAUACAUCAGCCAUGGAAGCUUACAAAAAAGCGGAUGGCAUGAAAAUUGAUGGACGACGGGUGGUUGUUGAUUACGAGCGUGGUCGUACGCAAAAAUCUUGGUUACCGCGGCGAUUAGGUGGUGGUAAAGGUGAUACGCGACGUCUUCGUGAAUCGAAGGCUGUGCUUGAAGCAGCUGCAUUAGAAAUCGCUCAUGAGGACCGUGAUCAUCGAUCUUCAUCCACCCAUCGCUCAUACUCACAUGAUCGCGAACGUGAACAUAAUGGUACAGUUUCGUCGAGUUCAAGGCGUCACAGUCGUAGUCGUGAUCGUGAACGUGAUCGUGACCGUGAUCGCGAGAGGGAUCGUGAUCGUGAUUCAAGACGGCACGAUGAUCAUCGUUCAUCGCGUGAUGGUCGAAGCGAUGGCCGAAGCGAUGGCGAUCGAGAUCGAGAAUAUCGUGAUCGGGACCGUGAUAGGGAUAAAGGCCGUGAUUAUGAUCGUCGACGUCAUUAA